CGUUCGGCUGAUCGUCGACCACACUAUUAUUUUCGUAAUUCAUGUCUCCGGGCUCUUUUUAAUUCAGGAAGCAUCUUUCGAAGAAAGUUUUUCGCUUUUGCCAAACUAAGAAUCACUCGAGAGACAAUUGAAAGAAGCAAAAUUAAAACUACAACAAAAUGAAACCCCUCAUGUUACACGGGCACGAACGUGCCAUAACCUGCAUCAAGUACAACAGAGAAGGCGAUUUAAUAUUCUCUGCUAGUAAAGACAAAAAUCCAAACGUCUGGUAUUCUCUCAAUGGAGAAAGGCUUGGCACAUUCAAUGGCCAUAAUGGUUCUGUAUGGUGCAUCGACGUCAAUUGGGAUACGACGAAAUUUUUAUCUGGGAGUGGUGACAAUUCUCUCAGAGUUUGGGACUGUCAAACAGGAAAAGAAAUUGGACAACUGCCGACAAAUAGUUCGGUAAGAACUUGCCAAUUCAGUUAUUCGUCUAACUUGGCUGUUUACUCAACGGACAAAGCUCUGGGUCAUCAGUGUGAAAUGUUCAUCAUCGACACGAGGAAUGUCGAUGCUGUGCUUACUCAAGAAGAUGCUAUCCGUAGAAUCCCAAUAAACGGACCUCGUAUUUCUUCAAUUUUAUGGGGAGCUCUGGACGAGACCAUCAUAACUGGGCACGAAGAUGGUGAAUUGAAUAUAUGGGACGUGAGGACUGGAAAAAAACUCAACAACCACAAAGGACACAAGUCCCAAAUUAAUGAUAUGCAGUUCAAUAAAGAUGGGACCAUGUUCGUAACAGCGUCUAAAGACCAUACGGCGAAAUUAUUCGAUAGCGAAUCCCUGAUGCAUCUCAAAACAUAUAAAACUGAGAGACCCGUCAAUUCGGCUACAAUCUCCCCAAUUCUAGAUCACGUCGUUCUUGGAGGUGGACAAGACGCCAUGGACGUAACAACGACCUCAGCUCGUCAGGGCAAAUUCGACGCAAGGUUCUUUCAUCUCGUUUUCGAGGAGGAAUUCGCACGGCUCAAAGGUCAUUUCGGUCCAAUAAACUCGUUGGCUUUCCAUCCGAACGGUCGGAGUUUUUCGAGCGGUGGCGAGGACGGUUAUAUUCGUAUCAACACCUUCGAUCAGUCUUACUUUGAUUUCCAUUUUGAAUAUUGAUUGUCUCAUGUAAGAAACAAAUUAAAAAAAAAAAAUAUCGCUUAAAAAAUUCCUUGGAAUUCUCAAUUCGACGAGAGUAAAUAAGUCGUGAGGAUUUUUGUGAAAGAAGCGUGUAAGGGAACGUCGCUUUUUCAUAAUAAAACAAUAAAACAUCAA